UUUCUAUUUCAUUCUACAUGCUGUUGUUCGCAACCACAAUUACUUGGUUUCGACGCUGUUGUUUUUUUAGCAGGUGGUUCAUACGUCGAUCGUCGUCGAAGAAGAAAAAAUGUUCCUGCUACAUGACAAGACUUCAAGAAGAACAUCUUUGAGAACUUCAGCUUUUCUGAUAAUUGUGAUGAAAGUCUUGUGCUGUCAAACCUUCACAUGUGGUCCACAAGAGUAUUCAACAGGGAAUAAAUGCUGCUCAAUGUGUCCACCUGGAAACAGAGUUGAAACAGUUUGUACAGAGUCCAGUAACACAUCAUGUCUGCCCUGCAUGAGUGGAACUUAUAUGGAUAAAGAUACUGGACAUAAGCGGUGUUUGCUAUGUACCAACUGUGAUACAGGUUCUGGUCUGAAGGUAAAGACGUCAUGUACAACAACAUCAGAUACAGUUUGUGAACCACUUGAAGGAUUCUUCUGUAUUGACUUAAUAAAUGGCCAAUGUGCAGCAGCUCAGAAACACAAGGACUGUGAUCCAGGACAAUACAUCAAGGAAAAAGGUACAUCCUCCUCAGACACUGUGUGCUCUGACUGCAGUGAUGGAACAUUUUCAGAUGGAACAUUAACAUCUUGUCACCAACACACACAAUGUGAAUCAAUGAACCUUCAGCUGAAAACAGCAGGAAAUACAACAACUGAUUCUGUUUGUGGGGAACAAAUUUCAAAUGUUGGAGUUAUUGUGGGCGUCAGCGUUGGUCUGGUGGUUUUAGUCAUUCUAAUAGUAGUAGUAGUAGCAGUAUUGUACUACAUCAAAAGAAAGACAAAGUCUUUUAAAGUUACAGACAAAAACAGAAAUGCAGACAACUCCAGAGAGAUACCUGUAAGUAAACAACCACCAGUCCAAGAGUCAGUGCCACUGCAGCAGGAGGAGGUAAGACAACUGUGUGCUCUUCAAUUAAAUGUUUAUUCACUGAGGAUCUUCUGGUUGUGUGAUGUCUCUACAAAUGUUUGUGUUGUAAUUCAGUGUGUUUCUCUCCUCAGGUUGAACCUGUGUAACCAGUCUAAACUCUCGGAUGAAAUCUGUUUUCUAUGGACUACAUUUGCUCCACAAUCCAGUUAUUAUGCAUUUGGACGCCGGCAAGUUUUCUUCACAGAGAAGAGAAAAGACAAAUUAGCGACAGUGAUCAGUGACCUGCUGACAGUCGCAUAGAGACGCGUGAUGGAAGUUGUUUUAUAUGUGAAUGGUGACUGAUCGUCGUAUUACAUGAAUGAAAUCUAUUGAUGCCUUUGCAUGUUGUAAAACCGCAUUGUUUUAAUUGUUGCUGUCUUUAUGCACCUGUGUCCCUUUCUUUAAACCGGGAGUGACGUUUUUUUUAAAUUAAGUCCAACAUUGACAGAAGUUGUGCAAAUGCCAACAGCAUUUAUUGAAACGUGAACCAUAACCUUUCAUAGAACACUUGAAGAUUAUUAUAUAUGAAUGAAAAAAACAAAGAUAUAAACAU